AUAAAAACAGCACGUAUUUCCUUCUUAAGCACAGUUUCUCAUAGAGCACAGACCUUGACACACCUCAGCUGCAGAGAUGAAUGAUCAAACAGUAACCUACUCAGAAUUGGGUAUGGCCAAGAACCCCAAAAGGCAGCAAAUCAAACCCAAGAACGCUGAUAGCUCCAUUUCAGUCACUGAGCAAGAAAUAACUUAUGUGGAAUUAAACUUUCAUAGUGCUUCCCAGGAUCUUCAGAAGAAUGACAAGAAUUUCCACUGCAAAGGGAAGCUCGUUGCUGGGAUCCUGGGAAUCAUCUGCAUUGUCUUGAUGGCCAGUGUAAUAACCGUGACAGUCGUAGUUGGUACUCCCUCUAUUGGAAUGCUGGAAGAGAACAGAACACAGAGAGCAUAUCAUUGUGGCUGUUGUCCAGAGGACUGGUUAUCCUAUUCCAACAAUUGCUAUUUUAUUAGUAGUGAUAAAAAAAACUGGACUGAGAGUCAGAACGCCUGUACUUUUAAGAAAUCUAAUCUGAUUUAUAUAGACAAUGAAGAAGAAAUGUUUAUGUUGUUCUUUUUAUCUCCUUCUUGGAUUGGACUCUCUCGUGAAAGCAGUAAUCACCCAUGGUUAUGGAUAAAUGGCUUAAUUUUCAACCAAAGUGUAGCUGAUUCAUCACAUGCUACAUAUAACUGUGCCAAGCUGCUCUCAAGUAGACUUCACUCAGACAGUUGUGGAUCUUCAAAAAUAUACAUUUGUAAGCGUAAGAUGCAGGGUUAAAACACCUGAGGUUGAAGUCUUUCAGGUGUCUUUAUAUUUGAUGAAUCAGAAAUAGUACCAUGGUUGUAAAAGUCUUAAAAUCAAUUAAGUUGUUUGUACUGGAAGCUCCACGUUUGGAACCUUCAUGAACUCUACCCUAUGUGCUUCUUCCCUUGGCUAAUUUUCAUCAGUAUCCUUUUCUGUAAUAAACUAUAACCAUAACUUCCAGUGUCUUCCUUGAGUAUCUUGUUCCAUAUUUUUAUUUAUCUGUAUAAUUUUGUAACAAAACAAAAAUAUCUGAAUUACAGUAGUCUUAUAAGAAAUCUGAAUUUCUGGUUUUAUGAGUGCUCAAAUUUUUCAUUCUUUUUCAAGAAUUUAUAUAUAUUAUUGGCCAUUCACAUUUCAAUACAAUUUUUAAUAACAGCUUAGCAAUUUUUACAAUGAGAACUCUGCUGAGGGUUGAGAUUUCUACAAAGGUGGAGUGAAGACCUCUGUGAAUAUCCCAUAUAAAGGGAAGAAAACACUAGCAAGAAUUAUCAGAUUAAUUUUUUCAAGAUUCGGGAAAUUAAAGGCUAGAAACAAUAUGGGAAGCAUUUAUUCAAGAAAAAUUAAUGAACCUCAGUAAGAAAGAUAGUGUUUGUGCCAUUUUAACCUGGCCUACAUCAAACCACCUCUCCUCAGCCCCGUGGUAGCCAUGAAAACUAGCAGGCAUGCCACUACUGAAGAGGAAGAUCAAGUUCGGAGCUCUUAAAAGUCCCAUAAUCACAAAAUUGUUAUCAUUUGCCCUUUCUCCAAGCUCCCUGUAAAACCGCAUUCACAGGACAUUGUGGUUAUUUGGGGGAGUUGGAGUUAACUCUGUGGGAAAACGUUUUACUGAAAACAAUCAACCGCAAUUGUUUAACACUACAGCUGAGGUUGUAAUACCAGUAGGGGCUGAAAGAACCUGACUGAAGAUUAAGAGGAAGACCUAAGGGAGAAGAUGUUCAGAGAGAACUUUGUAAAGUUAAUAAAUGUAACUGGGAAUCUAGAAGGCUGUACCCUUGUACAGGGCUGUGUGUAUGCCCAGGAAAAACUUGAGAAGAUACGGAUCUUUUCUUGUGAUGAACGCUGAAGCACUUGAUUUUCUUCUUUCCUUUUUUUUUUUUUAAUACAUGCAUUUAAGGCAAUCAGUUUUUCACAAGACAUGCUUUUAAUGUUACACUUUUAAUUUAUCUCAAAAUUACGAGCAGUCAUUAUGAUCAUUCUUUUAACCAUACGUUAUUCAGCAAUAUGUUACUGAAUUAAAAAUCAUAUAAUGAAUUUUUAAUUCUUUUAUUGAUGUCUAUUUAAGUUACACUCUUGUUAGAGAAUUUGUAAUGAUGGAAAUGUUCUACUUCUUUAUCUAAAAUGUGGUUAGUGUGAAAGAUAAACCGAUUUUUUAAAAUUUUAUUUAAUUUUAAUUAAUUUAAAUUUAAAUCCGAAUAGCCACAUUUCAAGUCCCCAUCACAGAGCUCUUAACCACUGUGCCAAUAAGGCUCCUUAUUUCCUUUUGGUUUUUGUAAUAUAAGUAGUAAUGCCUCCACUUUCAUUUCUGACCUUAGUUAUUUGCAUCUUCUCCCUUUUUCCUUUAUACAGGACAGAUUUUAAUGUUACAUUUUUAUGUAAAUUUAUAUGAAAUUAUGAACAUUUUUUGUGAUCAUUCUUUUCACCCAUGGUUUAUUUAGAGAAGUAUUGCUGUAGUAAACACCAUAUAAGGAUUUUCAAAUUUUUAUGAUUGAUUUUUAUUUUAGGUAGUAUGCAGUUAUAGAAUUUGUUGUGAAAUGGAAAAUGUUCUACAUCUGAGGCUAAAUGCAGCUAGUGUUACUGAGGAAUUAAUUUUUAAUUCUUUUUUUAAAUUUUUACUUAAUUAAAAUUAAAAUUUGAAUUUAAAUUUAGCCUAUUUGCUAAACUUGGCUAGUGACUAACAAAUUAGCAGCACAACUACAUACUGUUUACAUUUUUGGAAAUAUUAGCAUGUAACAUACUUUGGGAAAAGCUGCAUGUGAACUUGAAAUAUAUGUGUAUUCUAUACUUGCAUGUUGUGUGUGUAUGUGUACGUGUAAGUUAAUUAUCUAAUUUAAAUCAUUCUAAAGCCUUGAAGAUACAGCUGUUUGUUUCAUAAGUAUUGAGAGAGAAGCAUUUAACUCUCCAUUUAUGAUUAUUUGUUCAUUUCUUUCAAUACUUUGUUGAACCUGUUAUUAAGUAUGUAAAAAUUAGUAAAGAUCAUAUUCCUAAAUGAGUUAGAAAAUCUAUCAUUAUGAAACAUACUUCAUUAUUACCAAAAAUUCUUCCUACCUGUGUGAAAGUACUUUAACUAUUACAGUUUUCUACUGGAUUGUGCUGCUCGUAUGAUGGUUAAUUUUAUGAGUCAACUUGACUAGGCUAUGAUGCCCAGCCUUUUGUUUAAACACUAGUCUAGUUGCUGUUAUGAUCUAGUCAUAUGUGAUUGAUUGAAUCAGUUGGCCUCAUGUAAAGCAUAUUGUUUCAUAAUAUGUGUGGGCCUCAGUCAAUAGGUUGAAGACCUUAAGAGCAAAAAGGGAGUGUUCUGCCUUCAGACAAUAAAAAGAUAUUUUGUUAUAACUUCUGCAAUCUUGACUUUUCUUUUUGUUUUACGCAUGAUUUUUUGGAUGCAAGCCUGCAAGAUCUCUAGCCUGUUGCCUUAAUGACAGAUUUUGGAUUUGCCAGCCUCCCAAAAAUCAGGUGAGCCAAUUGCUUGAAUACAUGUCUCUCUUCACAUACAUAUAUAUGCAAAAUCCUGCCAACCUCUGAAGAUAACUACUCACCUUUUGAGAAACAGCCUUUAGCUUGUUACUGGGUCUUAGUACAGACUGAACAGAUAACCAUGAGCCAACAAGUUACCACCCAACCUGAGUGUUGUCAGACCCACAAGACAAAG